UCUAUCCUAAUGGUUUAAUUCGACUUUGCCAUAAGUUUCAUAUUGCCGCCAUCUGCCGUUUAACGUCCUCUGCUACUACUUGUUACCUUUACCCGCGGCAAAAGUGUUGCACUCCGGCCAAUAGUCUGUGUUCAUGGACCUCCUUUCAGUUCCUUCUUCGCCGUCUUUGGCCGGGAAUGUGUUGUUUUUGGCACGGCAGCGUUUUUGCAACUGGAGGAGUCCUGAAAGACUUCACUUGGAUGCAAUAUUUGCAACAGAUGGAAUUUUGUAUAAGAAUUUGCGAAGAGGAAGGGGAUGUUUCUCCAAAACAACAGAAGCUUCUAGUUCUUUUUCAAAUGGUACUGGCCAUGGAGAAAGUCCAUACAUACCCAUUAAUACAAAACCAAGUGAUGCACGUAUAAUUUAUGCUGUAGCUCCUGCCAUGGGUCAUAACCAGGAGGCUCAUCCAGAAUCUCACUUUAGAGUUCCUGCUAUAGUGCAGGCUCUUGACAAAUUGGAGCUCACACCAAAGUUCCGUGGCUCGAAGGUUAUUGAACUUCAAAAAUUUAGGCCAGCAUCAGUGGAUGACAUCACAAGUGUUCAUACUCAAUCAUAUGUAUCAGGCCUUGAAAAGGCUAUGGAUCAAGCCUCAAAAGACGGCCUUAUUUUUAUAGAAGGCUCUGGACCAACAUAUGCAACUGUUGAGACAUUCCAGGAGUCAAUGAUUGCAGCUGGAGCAGGAAUUGCCUUAAUUGAUUCAGUGGUAGCAGAGUCAAAGAACAGCAGGGAUCCACCUACUGGUUUUGCUUUAAUAAGACCUCCAGGACACCAUGCAAUUCCAAAGGGUCCGAUGGGGUUUUGUGUGUUUGGAAAUAUUGCUAUUGCAGCUCGUUAUGCUCAGCGUGCACAUGGCUUGAAGCGUGUCUUUAUAAUUGAUUUUGAUGUUCACCACGGGAAUGGGACAAAUGAUGCUUUCUAUGAGGAUCCAGAUAUAUUCUUCCUUUCAACUCACCAAGAUGGGAGUUACCCUGGUACUGGAAAAUUUGAUGAGAUAGGUCGCGGAGAUGGCGAAGGAACGACACUAAAUCUUCCUCUACCAGGUGGCUCAGGUGAUACUGCCAUGAGAACUGUGUUUGAUGAAGUAAUUGUGCCAUGUGCUCAAAGGUUUAAGCCAGAUAUUAUUCUCGUCUCUGCUGGGUAUGAUGCGCAUGCAUUGGAUCCACUUGCAAGUUUGCAAUUUACAACUGGAACAUAUUACAUGCUAGCAUCUAGUAUUCAACAACUUGCCAAGGAUAUUUGUGGUGGUCGAUGCGUGUUUUUCUUAGAAGGAGGAUACAAUCUCGACUCUCUUUCAUAUUCCGUUGCAGAUUCAUUUCGUGCUUUUCUUAAAGAGCCAAGUUUGGCGUCUACGUUUGACAACCCUGCCAUGUUGUAUGAAGAGCCAUCAAUGAAGGUUAAGCAGGCAAUUCAGAGGGUUAAACAUUUACAUUCUUUGUGAAUAUCUCAUAUUUUCACUAUGUUUAUCUAUAAACUUAUAAAUAGUUAUGUAUAUAUCUUCACCACAAAUGUAGCUAAUGAUUUGAGAGUCGAGUAUUGUUAUGCAUGCAUGUAAAAAACAUCUCGGAGUAUUGGGAACUGAAAAGUUUAGAUUCAGACCUCUAUGAAAUGCUAUUUAGAUUGUGUUGAUAA